AUGGCCUUGGGCAAAUUACUUUACAACUUUGAUGCUCAGCUUCCUCACCUGAAGAUGGCAAAGAUCAUAACAAUAUCAUCUUUUCAUAUAGAUGUUGCCAUCCAAAUCCUGAAUAGAGUGAUAAUCCUGGCUCUGGGUAUUUUUCUGGGUUCUUUACAAAAUUUAUCCAAUCUCUUCAGGCACUUCUCUUUUUUUACCUUUUACACAGGCUACCCACUAUGGGGCGCUGUAUUUUUUAUUAUUUCAGGAUCUAUAUCUGUUGCAGCUAGCAGAAAACCCACGAGAAAGUUGAUGCAAAACAGUUUUGGGUUAAAUAUCGCCAGUGCUACAAUCGCACUAUUAGGGUUUACUUUUCUCUCAAUAAAUUUAGCAUUUAACAGCCUUUUGUUCAAGAAUUGUCAGUCUACACUGUCACCAGAUUUGUGCAUUUAUCUGGGAGCCUAAUCAAACGGCCUUGUGUCUCUAAUGCUGAUCCCUACCUUGUUGGAAUUAAGCAUAACCAUCUCUGUCUCAGCCAUGUGGUGCAAAGCAAACGGAUGUAGUUCAAGAGAGCAGAGUAAUAAUCAGUGGACGAAUUUUAUCAGUGAUGAUCAUGAUGAUAAUUGGAAGGAAAGGGAGACAGGUGAUGAUCCUAUUCCUGGAGAUUGA